CUCACACAGACCGGUGAACUCUAAUCUGUGGCAGGAACAGGUGCUUCGUGCCCCCGCAUCCGUGCGGGAUCGAGAGAGAUACAAAACCGUGAUCCCAUCCAUCAACACGUUAAUCCAAACGGCCGACAUGCCAAGAGUCCGAGAACACAGCUUGCCUGCAUAGGUAGGUAGCUAGAUAGAAGACGACCUUGCAUCAUCUCAUACUACACAGCUCACCGUCAUCGUUCUCCCGGCCCGGCUUCUGUCUAUCUGUCUGUCUGUCUUGUCUGUUUUGUCUGCCAGCCACCAUGGCGAACGCCUCCGCCUUUGUCGUCUACAACGACCGCGUGAAGACGCUCUUCGGCCCCGCGCCGACGCUCGAGCUGCUGCAUGAGAACCAGGACUACCCGUUCGCCCACGAGGCGGGCGUCUUCAUCGAGCGCAACAACACGCUCUUCGUCACGAGCAACCAGUUCAGCGACCAUACCGCCGGCGGCCGCAAGAUCCAGAUAUGCCGCGUCACCCUGCCGCCGCCCAACGGGGCCGCCAAGGCGCAGUGCGAGGAGAUCCACCCGGCCAUCAUCACCAUGGCCAACGGCGGCGUCAACUACCUCGACGGCAUCGUCUUCUGCGCCCAGGGCACCAUGGACUCGCCGGGCGGGCUCGUCUUUAUGGAGGCGGAGCCGCCGUACCAGACGCGCAUGAUGGUCAACUCGUUCCACGGCCGCGAGUUCAACUCGCUCAACGACGUCGUCGGCCACAGCGACGGGUCGCUCUGGUUCACCGACCCCAUCUACGGAUACGAACAGGGCAUCCGGCCCCGGCCCAAGCUGCCGAACCAGGUCUACAGAUACGACCCGAUCCACGGCUCCAUCAGAGCGAUGGCGGACGGCUUUGGGAGGCCCAACGGCAUCUGCUUCAGCCCCGACGAGAAGGUGGUCUACAUCACCGACACCGACUGGAUCCACGGCGACGGGUCAACUGACCUCACAAGGGCAUCGACCAUCUACGCUUUCGACGUGGUCUCGUACUCGGGAGAGCCCUUCCUGACGAACAGGAGGCUCUUCGCCAUGGCCUCCGAGGGGAUCCCGGACGGCAUCAAGUGCGACGUGCACGGCAACGUCUACAGCGGCUGCGGCGACGGCCUCAACAUCUGGUCGCCCGGCGGCGUGCUGCUUGGCAAGAUCCUCGUCCAGGGCGGCGCCGCCAACUUCUGCUUCGGGCGCAACGGGGAGGUCUUCAUCCUGAACGAAAAUCGUCUCUGGAGGGCCAAGCUGGCAGACGAGACAAAGGGGGCGUUGCUGUGUAUCUAAGGGGCAGACAGAGGGUUUUGUUCUGCUGGUAGUAGUACUUCUUCUUUUUGCGGGGGAUUAUGAGGUCUGCCAUGUUGCCGGCUUGCUUGCGGACGCCCACGUAGUUACGAACGGUGUGCUGCGAACACAUGAUGAGUCUCUCAUGUUUAUCACCUAUCAGUUGGGUUUCACUUUCAUUUUCAUUUUCAUAGUGUAGAUUCUCAAAAUCGCUCAAGCAGAUUGGUUGCCGAUUCAGGAGGCGGGACCUGGGAGAGAGACCUUAAACAUGAUGGUUGGACGUUCAUGGGAGAGAACUGGCCCUGCCUGCAAGUAGUGCCAACAAUGAUGAGAACUUCCCGAUUUGAUGUUCAGUCACUUCGCAAGGAGAUCAAAUUGUGCUAUUCAGGCUCAGCGAGGGACUGUUGCGUACAUUGUCGCAUGGAGAAAUAUAAAUCAGGCGCCUACUCCCCGUCAACCCUAC